AAUCGCAACUUGUUUAACACAACCCUCGAUGCCGCCCGGCAGCCUCUCAUCGUCGCUCUCUUUUCCCUCUCCUUUUGGUGUCCUUCACAACAUUAAACAAAAUCCUCUUUAAUUCCCCAAUUUAUCCAAACCCUAACUCUCUUUCCAAUUCCGGGUAUUUUGAUUACUAAGCCUCCAAUAGAUGCAGGUUGUUUUGGCCAUGAUGACUAUUAUCAAUUUUUAGAUUUUGUGCACCCUCCAAAUCAACGACCAGAAAGUUAAACAUCUUUCUCUGUUCUGCAAUCAGCGCUCUUGGGAGGAACAAACUGCAAAACCCUAGAUGACGACUCUUGAUCGAAAGUCAGCCAACGUAAGAAUUAGUCUUGUAAUAAGUUAGUUGCUUGCACUCUUUUACAGUUUGAUUUCCAUAUGGUUCAGUUAUGUUUCGUUUGCUAUACACUAAAUUACCACAACUGCUACCUCCCAUCUUGAGGAAUUUUUGUGACUUGUCCCAUUUUUGGUUUCUUCAAUUUACACCUGUUAUUAUUGCUAGAUCUUUCUCAUCAGAUAGCAAUACAACAAUUAGUAAUCAAAAACAACUUAAAGAAACCUCUUUUACAAAAUAUUACCUCAUUAAUUCAUGUGGGUUGUCACCGGAAGCCGCUAAUCUGCUUGUAAGAAAGUGCAAUUUGUAACCUCAAAAAGACCAGAUUCUUUCCUGGCUCUUCUCAACAAGCAUGGUUUCUCCCAUUCCCAAAUAACCAUGAUGGUUAAAUCACAUCCGCAGCUUCUUUUGUAUGAUUCUGAGAAAAACAUUUUUCCUAAGCUUAAGUUUUUCUCUUCUAUUGGAAUCUCUGACCCAAAUAUUGCAAAACUCAUCUCUUCAAAGCCAUUUAUAUUAUCCCAUAGCUUAAGGAAUCGGAUUAUUCCUGUCUAUAAACUCCUCAAGAGUGCUUUACUAUUUGAUGAUCACAUGGUUAUUAAAGCUAUUGUUAAUUCAACAAGAAUCUUUCAAAAUGAUGUGGAAAGGAUUAGUGCUAAUUUAUUGGUAUUGAGAGAAAUUGGAAUGCCGCAAUCCGUUAUUCAGCUGCUAUUGACAUGGCAUGAUAGUUUGCUAUGCUUUAAAGUUGACAUCUUCCGCGAUAAGGUCAAAGAGGCAAUUGAUAUGGGUUUCUGCCCGACGAAGAUGAAGUUUGUACUUGCUCUGGCUGCAAUCAGCCAAACUGAAUCAAAUUGGCAACACAAAAUUGAGGUUUAUAGAAGAUGUGGUUGGUCUAAAGAUGAGAUAAUGUCAGCUUUCAAAAGGGAUCCUCAAUGCAUGUGUUCAUCAGAGAAUAAAAUAUUUGGUGUUGUAGAUUUUCUGGUUAAUGUGAUGGAUAUGAAGCCUUCAGAAAUUGCUGCACGUCCUUGCCUUUUACAUUUCAGUUUGAAGAAGAGAAUCAUUCCCAGGGGUUUAGUUAUAAAAAUUUUGAAGUCGAAAGGUGCAUGGGAGAAGAAUAUCAGUUUCUAUACUGUGUUGCAAUUAAAUGACAAAUGCUUCUUAGAAAGGUAUAUAGACAAACACAGGGAGCAUAUUCCUUAUUUGCGGGAUGUCUUCGAAGGUAGGAUGUGUCCUCAAGAGCUCGGCUUUCAGUAGUAAUGUUUGAGUUCGAGUUUUUAUUUUUUUUAUUUUUUAGCUUUAUAGCUAAUGUUAUUUAUGAUAUCCAUAAACCACCAAAGAUUUGGUGACUUGAUUCAGCUUGAGUAUAGCAAGAGAAUUUUUGAGAACUCUUUGGCUACGUUUAGCAAAAACUUUUGUGAUAGUCUUAAUUAAGGUCAAAACACUAUUUCUAUUA